AUGCCACCGAUCAUGCCAUGGCCCGCUCAACUCGCUGACAACGCGCUAUUCGCUGAUCAUGAUGACAACGCGCUGUCCUCCGUCGUCGUACUUACGCUCGCGUGCAACUGGGCAGUCUCCAACGGGAGAUGCGAACGUCAGGGACUUGCAUCUGUCCGUCGCUCACUCGCAGGCGCGUUCAUCUCGAGGCCACGCUCUUCCUGCACACCGUGA